AUGAAGUUUUCUCUUAUCCUUACUUCCCUUGCUGCCGUCGCCUCAGCCGCGCCCGGCAACAUAGUGCAGAAGCGCGCCAGGGUCUUCACGGACAAGACCUUUGACGAGUUGAGCAUCAGCGGCGGCAAAGCCGGUACAGCUAAGGCUGACGCCGAAGCGAAGCUCGCUGGCCUGCCGAAGGACCCAGCGCAACUAGCACUUGUCGAUAAGCUUGACCUCAGCUUUCUCAGCCAUGUUAAUCAAAUCUGCAACCAGGCUGAGAUUAGCGGCUAUACUAAGACAAUUGCGGGAUCGGCUCCUGGCGAGGAUGUUCUCGCUCUUGAGCGCGGCAAGAUCCAGAACAAGGUUCUCAAGCUCACAGCUACCGUCCUCGCCUUGCAGGCACAGCAGACGAAAGGCGAUAACGUUACGGCGAGGCUCGAGGAGGAGACCAAGAAGCUCGAGAAGAACAUUGCCUUGGACGUCGCCGAAGCCGGCAAGACCGCUACGGGUCUCAAGUUCGACGCUAACACCGCCUCCGCGGACGCGACUAAGGUUGAAAAAGACGAAGUGUUGAUUGCGAAGGCGGACGAAGUUAUUAAUAAGUCCCAAGAACUUGCUGGGGCAGGUGCCAAGGGUAAAGCUGAGGGCAAGAACAAGGGUGACAGUAGCAGUGAAUAA